AUGGGGAGUCCGGUUUCCGCUGUCAUUGCCAACCUCUGCAUGGAGAAUUUCGAAGAACAGGCGAUAACUACAUCAUCCUACGAGCCUAGGAUCUGGAAACGCUACGUGGACGAUACCUUUACCAUCCUGGAUCGCGAAAACGUGGAUGACUUCUCACAGCAUCUAAACAACCAGCAGCCCUCCAUCCACUUCACCAUGGAGACAGAGAAAGACAACAAACUCGCCUUCCUGGACACCGCAGUUUUAAGAGAACCUGACGGCUGCCUCUCCACCAGCGUAUACAGGAAGCCCACGCACACCGAUCAAUACCUAGCGUAA